GUUGGGUGCAUCACUCUUUGAAGAACUGGGUCACAUUAGCUGUGUUCACGAUGCGACGGGAGAAGUUACGAGGGAAGAAGAAAGUGAACAUAAGAAAGCUGUUGGCAACCUUGCUGAUGGUUGGCUUGAUAUCAGUGUUUGCCAUGUUAAAUUAUGCCCAACAAUCUGUACACUUUCGGAAGCUGGCUCAAAGCUUGUCUGUGAUGAAGUCGGCUCGAGGAUUCUUGCAACGUUUCUAUGCAAAUCAUCAUGCGCGGAGCAAUUCAGAAUCCCAAACCGGAUUCCAGGAAGUUGGGGAUGCUCUCGACACGUACGUGUAUUCAGCAACAUACGAUGACAUUGAUGUCCCUAUAAUCAGGGUAAUUGCAUUGGUUAGAUAUUUCCGGGAGGCUUGGAGACUGCCAUCAUUUGUUUGCACGUACUUAAAUGUUUCUGGUCAGGCUUUCCCGGUCACGUACACUGGGAUACUGGAGUAUAUACCAGAGGCUAACUGGGGAUACAGAUACCGUUCAGGAUUUAUUAAGUGUGUUCUGCCUAAAGAUGUCCAACCAACAGCAGUCAGCAUCAGUGGGAAUAUUACUGCAGAGGCCCAUAAUAUGCUGAGAGUUAUCUACCCUUUGAAGAAGAAAAGACAGUUGACCAGAUGUUUCUCAGCACUUCAUUCCAAUUUCAGCAACACUUUGCAGCUGAUACAGACACUUGAAAUCAGUCUCAUGUUCGGUGUCGAACACUUCAUUGUUUACAAUUACAGUAUACACGAAUCUGCCAUGAAUGUUUUGAAACAUUACAGUAAUUUGGGAGUGUUAGAUAUCUUACCUUGGGAUGUACCUGUAAACCGAACUGAGAUUCAUUAUUUUGCACAACUUGCUGUUAUUCAUGAUUGUCUAUAUAGAAACUUGCACGUCUCUGAUUACAUACUGACGGGAGACACGGAUGAAGUCUACAUACCUAAACGGGGUGGAAGCACUUUAGACAUGAUCGCUGACAUCUUGAAAGGUCAGCCAUCAUGUUCUGGUAUUCUUGUCCAAAAUACCUUUUUCCCUUUGAACCUUCAACCUCAUGUGGGGAAUUUUACCCUGAAACAGGAAGCAAGAAGACUUGGUAUCACUUAUCUGUUGUACACAGGUCGUUUAAAAAUCAACAAACCCGGCUAUAGGUCAAAACUGAUCAUCAAACCUACGGGUGUUGAGAUGAGUUAUAUACAUAAUAUUGAACGUCUUCGGAGAGGACACACUGACUGCAUAUGUCCCUCUUCUCAGUGCAUCCUUCAUCAUUACCGUGUUGUCCCGCCAAGACAGUGGGGUUCCCUCCAACAAACUGAUGCCACAUUGCUGAACUUACUAAGUGUGGACCAGACCAUCUAG